CAGAGCGCAGAUCCGUGCGGCGGAGCCCGGAGGUGUGAAGGGAAGGCAGAGACAGCUCAACCACGCAGCUGCUUUAACCCCGCAGCGCACGCACUCACUCGCUCACGCACGGUGCUGCUCGCCCUGGAGGAACGGUCGCUGCAGCGGGAACAUGCUGCCGCUUCACUGACGCGUCCAUCCAGGUGCGCCGCUUCCACUUCCUGACGACCCGGCAGGAUUACAGACGCGCCUUUCAUCUCUGAGAAGAACCUGCAGCAGAAACGAUGGGCAGUAAGACUCUUCCGGCGCCCGUCCCUCUUCAUCCGUCCCUCCAGCUGGCCAACUGCUCCCUCAUCCAGAGCUCCACAGGUCUCCAGCUUCCAGCAGACCAUUUCCACAGCAUCUACAGUUUCAGCGCCUUGCACGCCAUCCACCUCCACCAGUGGACGCUUGGCUACCAGCCUCUGGCUCUGCCGCGCUGCACCAUCUCCAAGCUGCCCCCCCAGUUUUCGUCCAUGGCCUCCAUCCCCAUAUUUCCUCACCUCCUGCAGCCAAAGCUGGACUCCGCCGCGCUGCUGCAGAGCUCCAAGAGCAAACCGCGCUUUGACUUCGCCAACCUGGCAGCGGCCGCCACGCAGGACGAUCACCUGAAGGUGGAGGAUCUGAGCAUGACGGGGGCAGCUGCUGCGGCGGCGGCGGCCCAGUCUCCAGCGCAGCACCAGAGCUCGGCCGGGCUGGGCUGCCUGCUGGACGUGACCAAACUGUCCUCACCAGAGCGCAAGUCCAGCCGCGGCCGACUGCCCUCCAAGACCAAGAAGGAGUUUGUCUGCAAGUUCUGUGGCCGGCAUUUCACGAAAUCUUACAACCUUUUGAUCCACGAGAGGACGCACACAGACGAGAGGCCGUACACGUGCGACAUCUGCCACAAGGCCUUCAGGAGGCAGGACCACCUCAGAGACCACAGGUACAUCCAUUCCAAAGAGAAGCCCUUCAAAUGUCAAGAGUGCGGAAAAGGCUUCUGUCAGUCCAGGACACUGGCCGUCCACAAAACGUUACACAUGCAGGUCAAAGAGCUGAAGCCAGCCAAGGUCAAGUAGUUCAGUCCAAAGAAGAGGAAGCGACCGGGACACUGGAAAAACAACAACACGACCAAAGACGACCCAAAGAACAGCCAAAGACUUUUCCUUCUCAGGAGGCAAACAUUCCUCAAGGAUGAAAUAUUCCACCGGCCUCGUCUUAAAGAAAAAACAGAAUCAGCCUCAGUGCUUGUUAUCAAAGCCUGACUUGGCAGAGAAGCCGGUGGAUGUGUGGAAUGUGAAAUGGACCUUGAAAAACCCCUGUGGCUGCUCAGCACAAAGACUUUACAAGCAUUUAAUCCAAAGAGGAAAGUUACUCCUAUAUGUUUUGUAACAAAGCCCCAGAAUGAUCAAAGCCAUGUUAGUGACAAACAUUUCCCUCGAUUUUUUCCAAUACUCAGUUUCAAUGUUAUUUUUGUACAGACGCAAUAUAUCAAAAUGUAUUUUUGCACUUUAACCUGAUUAAUAAUUAUUGACAUGUAUCACUGGAUUUCUUAAACUUAUUUUCAAAAUGAAUAAUCAUUGCUAAAUAAAAUAUUUUACCAAUUA